GGGCGGUGAUCGGACUUUCAUGAGGGUGGGACAUGCAAUGAUAAAAAGCUGUCUUUAGCACUUCCUGGUCCACUUUAGAAACACGCCAUCAACGCAGCGGCUACAUUAUGUCCGACAAUGAAUGGAAAAGAAGAUGUCAGAACGAGUGGAACAUCACAGGCAUAUCUAUGCCCGACUCCGUGGACUGGAAGUUCGUCUAUGAAGCGAAACCACUCGGCAGAAAUUUGUUGAAGAACCCGGCGCCUCACGGCGUGACUCAUGACAGCCCGCCUCCUGAGCCUGAACUGACAGGAGUGCCCAGAGAUGAACCUCCUCGUUCAGAGCCAGAAGGUGACUACACUGGCUGGACCACCAGCGUAGAGGACCUUCCCUAUGACACCAGUGGCAUACCGCCAGGGGUUGUCGUCUGUUACAUGCCUCAGUUCAGUUGGUUUACCCUGGAGCAGAAAAUUGACCUGAAGGCUGAAGGACUGUGGGAUGAGCUGUUGGAUGACCAGCCUGACAUCCUUAUACAAGACCGGUAUGAAGAAAGUCAGCUGCACGAGUCCAUCUACCAGCUGCAUGUGAAGUUGCUGGGAGGAGAUGGUCAGACUGUUAUCUCAGAACACACAGUCAGCCCCACAGAAGACCUCAGCACCUACUCUCACACCUGGAAAGAAGUGUCGCACGUCUUUUCAGGGUAUGGAAAGGGGGUGAGGUUUGUCCACUUCCUGCACAGACUGAAGAAUAAAUACAUGGUGGAGUUCUUCCCUACCUUGGUCACAGGCAGCUCUGUCAUCGUCAAGCCGACCUAAUCCAGCAGAGACUGACUGUCUAAUUAAAGUAUACACUGUCAAGUUUGUACUGAUUGUCAGCUAUCAUCAAGCCUACCUAAUCCAGCAGAGACUGACUGUCUAAUUAAAGUAUACACUGUCAAGUUUGUACUGAUUGUCAGCUAUCAUCAAGCUUACCUAAUCCAGCAGAGACUGACUGUCUAAUUAAAGUAGACACUGUCAAAUUUGUACUGAUUGUCAGCUAUCAUCAAGCCUACCUAAUCCAGCAGAGACUGACUGUCUAAUUAAAGUAGACACUGUCAAGUUUGUACUGAUUAUCAGCGAGGGUGGAAACAUGUCUUUUUAAUUUGCAAUAUCAUUUCUUGUCAUUUUACUACUGAAUGAAUGUUUGAAAAUAAAGGACAAAUGCUGCACA